GUGUGUCCCUGGGCACGUCGCUCCUCCUUGGGACCUCGGGUCCACUUCUCUAACUAGGGCUUUAAGGAGGGAGGCUUAUUCAGCAAUCCCAGAGCUGCCAUGACCGGCAAGCUUGAGCUCCUUAAGGAAACACCAUUUAGUGCUGUCCUCCGGGCAGCCCCCAAGGGCCAAUUCCUGUGCCCCCAGCAGCAUGGCAUCCUGCGCGGAGCCCUCUGAGCCCGCUGCCCCGCCGCCUGCUGGGGUCCCACCGCUUGAGGACUUCGAGGUGCUGGAUGGGGUCGAGGAUGCAGAGGGCGAGGAGGAAGAGGAGGAGGAAGAAGAAGAGGAGGAUGACCUGAGUGAGCUGCCACCUCUCGAGGACAUGGGGCAGCCCCCACCAGAGGAGGCCGAGCAGCAGCCUGGGGCCCUGGCCCGAGAGUUCCUAGCUGCCAUAGAGCCCGAGCCUGCUCCAGCCCCGGCCCCGGAAGAGUGGCUGGAUGUCCUGGGGAACGGGCUGUUGAGGAAGAAGACGCUGGUCCCAGGGCCACCCGGCUCGAGCCACCCUACCAGGGGCCAGGUGGUCACGGUGCAGCUACAGACGUCGCUGGAGAAUGGCACGCGGGUGCAGGAGGAGCCAGAGCUGGUGUUCACCCUGGGCGACUGCGACGUCAUCCAGGCCCUGGAUCUCAGCGUCCCACUCAUGGACGUGGGGGAGACGGCCAUGGUCACUGCUGACUCCAAGUACUGCUAUGGCCCCCAGGGCAGCAGGAGCCCGUAUAUCCCCCCACACGCGGCCCUGUGCCUGGAGGUGACCCUGAAGACGGCCGUGGAUGGACCAGACCUGGAGAUGCUCACGGGGCAGGAGCGUGUGGCCCUGGCCAACCGGAAGCGGGAGUGUGGCAACGCCCACUACCAGCGGGCCGACUUCGUGCUGGCUGCCAACUCCUACGACCUGGCCAUCAAGGCCAUCACCUCUAGCGCCAAAGUGGACAUGACCUUCGAGGAGGAGGAGCAGCUCCUGCAGCUGAAGGUGAAGUGUCUGAACAACCUGGCGGCCUCGCAGCUGAAGCUGGACCACUACCGCGCGGCCCUGCGCUCCUGCAGCCUGGUGCUCGAGCACCAGCCGGACAACAUCAAGGCGCUCUUCCGCAAGGGCAAGGUGCUGGCUCAGCAAGGCGAGUACAGUGAGGCCAUCCCCAUCUUGAGGGCGGCCCUGAAGCUGGAACCUUCCAACAAGACGAUCCACGCGGAGCUCUCAAAGCUGGUGAAGAAACACGCGGCUCAGCGGAGCACGGAGACCGCCCUGUACCGGAAAAUGCUGGGCAACCCCAGCCGACUGCCCGCCAAGUGUCCCGGCAAGGGCGCCUGGUCUAUCCCAUGGAAGUGGCUGUUUGGGGCAACUGCUGUCGCCCUAGGGGGCGUGGCUCUCUCUGUGGUCAUUGCUGCCAGGAACUGACUGCCUGGGUGGCUGCCGCCCCCUCCGCACACCGUGGACCCCACCCCGCGCUCCCUUACUCCCUCAAGCUCCCUGUCCUCUGCUCUCCCUGGCCUAGCCCCCUCCUCCGGGUGGGGGGCAGCAAGGACUGGGGGUCAUGCGCCCAGUGAGCAGAGGCACUAAGGCCCUGUGGGAGGAAAGCCAGGUGUGGCCGGGGCCCCAUGUCCAGCCCAGAGGGAGGGGCCCUCAUUCCUCCAGACCCUGUUCCUCCCCCCCAGCCCCCACCCACCUGGGUUAGGUCUCAACCGGGGCCAGCCUUAGUUUCUCCUUCUCUACAGGCCCUUGCUCUGCCUAGUCCCCGCCUGAGUGCCAGCCCCUCCUGCCCCGCCUGCCGCCCUCUGUCCAGGCUCCCCCGCCGUGAA